UUAUCAUCUUACGCACAAUGAAAACGUAUUGAACGGAAAUCAGCAGUCGUCACGACCGUGUACCGGAAGAUUUUUUUUUCAGCGAUUCGUAAACUAUGCACCACCCGUUUCGGUCGGUUUUCUCGUUCAAUCGAAUCCGCGUAUAAAAAAAAAUUGGUUUUUAUUUAAUUAUAUAUAACAUUAAAUUGUAAUCGGUUCAUUUUGUGCACAACAAAAUAUGGAUAAAUAUUCUGGCGACGACGUAGACGACAUUUCGUCUUUUAACGUUUCCGAAAAGGCGCCUAUACUGGGCAGUUUGAAAACCAAACACAGGUCAGUGUUUUAACGAUUUCUAUUAUACUAUAUAAAAAUUCGGUGGAUGUAACACGUGAUAUAAUCUCGGCGUCGAGACGUAGGCGAUCCGCAAAAAUUAAACAUUUUAAUGGAAUAAUAUAGUGUACAGGUUUAAUAUUUGUCGAACUGAAUUUUUAUAGCGUCACAGUAACAGGUUAAUGCGCAGUCGUUUUUGCGAUUCUCGAAUCUCCCGAUUUAUAAAUUGGUGCCUACGACAGCAUUAUUUUGUUUUCGGCGUCCAAUUUUAUUUUUUUACGAAAAGACAUAUUUAUUUAAAGUACGACUUAUAAUGAACCUCCCAUUAAAUUUGUAAGCAUUUUUGUUUGGUCUAACAAUUUGUACACAAUUUGUAACAAAAUACUUACUGAACAAAAAAUACGUAAAAAACUCGCAAAAUUAAAAUGUCUAUAAACAACUCAAAAAUUGUUGGGAUAAACGAACAAAUAUUUAUGUUGCAACGAUUUCAUGAUUUUUAUAACUUUCGUUUUUUUUUUUAGAAAUCUUACUUCAAUCAAAAAACGACAAGAGAACUUUAUUGUAAAAUUUUGAAUCUAGUUGCUCAAAAAGAAAGUCGUUUUUUGGUUAAGAAAAAACUGGGAAAAACGUAAAAUGAAAACUAACAAAUAUACGACGUUACGAUUUUAUUAUUUAAAAUUUUUAAGAUUUAUGCUUUUUAUGAAAAAUAUUGCUCCAAUAACAAAACAAUAACAACAGUUUUAUUUAAUUUUUAAUCUAGUAGGUAAACAAGAAACCAUUUUCGAAUUUUUUUUUGUAAUAGUUUUUAAUAAUUGAGCAUAACCGAAAAAAAACAUAGAAAUAACGGGAAAUUUACGAAAAUAAUUCUUUUACUAUUUUAAAUUUUGUUUUAUUGUUUCAAUUCAGUUAAAAUUAUUCCAAGAGACUUAAAAUACUGACAGAAAACUUAUAUUUGUUUUUUCUCAAUGUGGUAAAAUUUUUAAAACAUUUGAGCCAUUUUCGACCUAUUUAUAUACAUUUUGAUUGUUCAAGUUAGAACAAACAGAAAUACUUGAAAAUUUAACUGGAGAUUAAUUAUAAAUUGUACUUUGUAGCUAAAACAAAAAUUGACUUUAAUAUAAAAAAUUGUUUAUACAAAUUUUAAUGAAAAUCGUAAAUAUUACACUUUUUCAAAACAUAUACAACCGAACUCCGCUUAAAAUUGUUUUUCAUUGGCGAUGAUUAAUCGUUGCGUACAAAUAUACGUUGAAUUCCCCUCUACUGUCCCAACUUCUUAUUUACAAUAGUGACUAACCCACCGUGCAAAGUAUGUUCGUCUUUUAUUAGUUUUAUUUUAAAAGUUAAAAAUAUUUAAUUAAUAUGAAAAAAUAUUAAAACUUAACUGUUAUAAAUUAGAGAAUAAUGAAAUUACAACAGUUUAAAUACCAUGUUAAUGAAUAAACUUACUAUGAUUUUUGCUGUUACAUAUUAUUCACUAUUUUUUUGAUUUCCAAAUCAAAAUUAUUUAUGGUCACUCUAAGCCUAUUUUGGAGAUGGUCAUCUGUUAAGUUUGACCGGUGUGGGUUUUUAAUUUUAUUUCCUUUGCAUUUGCCUUUGGUUUUUUCUUUUUAUAGGUAAAAGGGGAAAAACAAAUGCAAACAUAUCUUUUCGGAAUACAAGUAUGAACUCUCAAUCUCUAAAAUGACAAUAGCUAGGUAUCACCACUAGACUACGACAGACAUAAUAUAAUAUUGUCAAUAUAGAGUUAUUUAACAUAACAUAAUAUAAUAUUCGUAUAAUAUCAGACCUUCAAAAACCUAUAAUUUCGAAACUAAGGCAGUCCGCUCAAUUCUGAUUUACCAUGGUCCUUAAAUCGGCAAUAUACGUAUGACUCAGAAUUGCCACUUGGUCUUUUUUUCAACUAAAUGUCACUUUUUUUUAUAAGUCACUAAAAAUCAUUUUUUAAAUUUUGAAUAUUUCGUAUAUUUUUUCGAACUAUUUUAUAUUAUUCUUUCCCAAUAUUUUAAGAUUUAUUGUUAUACAAAAAGUGAUAUACUUUUGUUUACAUAAAGACUGAACCAAUUUAUAUUUUAGCUAUCUAUAUUAAAAAAAAUAAUAAUUUCAACAUUGUUAAAAAAUACUGGUUGGUCGACCAAAUGUAAUUUGUAACCUUUUUAGGUAUUUUUCGUUAUUUACAUAAAUAUAUUUUUCUAACAUAUUAUGUUACCAAGAAUUAAUAAAAAGUUUUUAUAAAAAUUUGUGUUUUUCAAUCUAUUUUUUCAAUUUUGUCAAGAAUAAAAAUAAUCAAUUCCUUGGGUUGGUACAUUAUAACUAUUAUUUUAUUAUUAUACUAUUAUACCAUUAUUAAAUUAUAAGUAUCUAUUAUUCUACAUAUAUUUAAAAAUGGGUAUUUUUUAAUCUUAUUACAACUUCAUGGUUAUAACUUAUAUCCAAUACAAAUUAUAUAAUGCAUCUUACGCAAAAUUAUAAUAACAUAUUUAAAAAUUAAGCUAAAUCAUAUGAAAUUUAUUUUAUUGAUUUAAAAAAUUCACUUUAUAGUCACUGUUUUUUAAUACAUUUUAGUUAAUAUAUAUACAAUUUUAAGCACAACACAUUGAUGGUAACCUUGAAUUGUGUUCAAAAGUCGAAACAAAAAAUUGAAAAAUUAGAUUUGUUCAAUAUAUUUUUUUACUCAAAUGAUUUUUGUCAAAAUUUUAUAUUAAAAUUCCUUUUUAAAAAAAAAAUACUGCAUUAGCUCAAUUUUUUUCUUACCAUAAAAUAUUACUUUUAAUGAAUCUCCUGUUAAAUUUCCAAGCAUUUCUGUUAGGUCAAACAAUUUCAUCACGGAAUACUUACAUAAUAAAAAUCACGUACAAAACUCGCAAAAUUAAAUCAUUUAUAAUUAGCUCAAAAGAACUAAGACAAAUGUGACAAAAGAUAUAAGUCAAUAUAUUUUUAAAAAUAAUUUGCAAAUGAUCAUAAGUCAUUUAUUAACACCUUUUUAAUAAUUUAUACACAUUAUUGUAAUUUUAAAUGUAUGAAAGUUUAUAUAAAUAUCAUACAAAUAAUUUUUCUGAUAUAUAGCUCGCAGCAAAAUCUAUUAAGUUUUUUUAGUUUCUAAAAAAUUUUAAAAUUUAACUUUUACCCUUUAUCACCAAAACCGUCUACGAUGUCUGGCUAUUAAAUAACGAGACUGGUUACGAGAAAGUGUUUUAUUUUAAAAGUUAUUCUACAUUCAAAUGCUCCCCUUCAAUAUACUCUCCUCCCCUCGCCACACAUCGUUUUAUUCGUUUCUUCCAUUGCUCGAGGCAGUGCUGGAAGUCUGUUUUCGUAAGACCAUUCAGGAGUUCCGCCGAUUUUUGUUUCACCUCUUCCAUCGACUCAAACCGGAUUCCUUUUAAGGCAGACUUUAUCUUCGGAAACAAGUAAAAGUCGCAGGGUGCCAAGUCGGGUGAGUAAGACGCGUGUUCGAGUACUGGAAUGCCUUAAGCGGCCAAAUAACGCUUCACAGACAGCGCGUUAUGGGCAGGUGCGUUAUCCUGGUGCAAGAUCCAUGACUUGUUUUUCCACAAUAUCGACCGUUUCUUACGAACUCAUUCGCGCAAUGUUGCCAAAACUAUCAAAUAGUAAUGUUGAAUCACAGUUUGACCCUCUGGAACCCAUUCAGUCAUCACGAUGCCAUUGAUAUCGAAGAAAACGAUCAGCAUGGUGUUGAAUUUGGAUUACGACUGAAUUGGAUUCCGGUGCACUCUCGACCUUCAGAAAAUAAUUUAUGCCACUCAAAAACACGCGCCCGAGAUAGGAAAUUCUCACUAUAGACCUCUUUUAACAACUUAUAGCACUCAGUUGGAGUUUUUUUUAGUUUAACGAGAAAAUUUUACGUUUAUCCGUUACUCAUGUUUUUCGUCACAUAUGGUUUUCGGCACGAGAAAAAAACAUGUUCGUUUAAACGCUACAGUAUAAAUACUAAUGCACCAACAAAAAACCCAAUUUUAUACUGUCAUAAUAGACACUUUUAGCUAAGCAGCGCUGUAUUCGGCUUUCCCCUAACCUCUUAGGGACGCUCUCUGCCUGCGCAGUCUCAUUAUUUAAUAGCCAAACCGCGUAUAUCACAAAUCCAUUAUAUAUGCUAAUAAAAAUUGACCCCUUGUUAAUGGACAAAACAAAUUGUUUCUCCGGCAAAUAGACACUCUUUCCCCCCCCCUCAAAUAAAGGCCUGUCAAUGGGUCGCUGCAUAUUAUACAUUUUGCCGGGCCGGUCUGAUGUCUCAAUCCGUUCUUAUUCCAAUCGAUCAUAAAAACGGUUGAUAAAUAUCAUUCGUUGAUAUUCAAACGUUUAGUAGCGAAAACAAACUUGUGUGAAAGUCAUCACUAGGACUUGGAAGUUAUCAGCCAAAAUAAACAAAAUAUAUAUGCCAAUGUUCAAUCAAAUUUAAUAAAUAUACAAAAAAAAAAUGUUUAAAAUUACAUUAAAAAAAAACCUCCUAAUGUUGUCAUGGUUACAUGUUGUUAAUUGCAUGAACAAAAACCUAAGAAAAUUAAUAUAUAAAAAAAUUAUAAUAUUAUAUAUUAUAAAAUUAUACCUAAAUAUGACGGAAAACUGGUUGACAUUUUAACAUUUCAUUAUAUUGAAAAAAUAAAUUUCCAGUAACUUUGAUAACCGACGAAUAGUAUCUUGGUAUAUGAGUGCAUUAUUUUAAACACAUAAACAUAUUGAAAAAAAAAAAUCAAUUUUUUAAAAAAAAUAUUCGUAUACUAUAUUUCAUUGAUUUCAAUGAAAUGUGCACUUUCUCCCGAAAAUGUAUAAAACAUGUAAAAUACAUAUUUUAAAUUUUCGAUUUUUAACUAUACAUAAAACACGGAUUUCUAGCUUGAUCUGCUAUAAACCGAGGACCUACGGAACAAUAUGCAACUCCUUCAACUUCCGAGCGUUAUUUUUAUUUGGCUAUAUAUUGGAUAUUAAAGAAACUCAAAAAAUAAAAAAAUCAUCGUGAAUCUAGUUAUUUUGUGUAAUUUUUAUUUUAAUAAAAAAUGUUUAAUUUUUUUUUUUCAGUUUGGUAACAAAACAAUGUGUGUUUUUGGUUUUUGGACUAAUCGCGUUAACUUCAUCGAUCGCUUUUCUAAUGGUGUACUCGGGAUUCGAUUAUCAUACCAUUAUCGUGCCAGAUCCGGAGUUUGAAUUUCCACCGUCGUCGAUGGCAAUGGGCUCGUACAAAAAUGCCGGUGUCGUGUCCAAUGGUGGACCGUGCGCACAGAUUGGAGUGUAACUAUAGUCAUUAUUUCGAUUUUUCAGCCUUUAAAACCAUUUGUCCCACAGCCAAUCCUCCAGGCAUUUAGACCUUAUAUCCAUCGAGAAAAUCGUCCAUUUCGGUCCCCAAUACUUCCAAGUAAUUUUUUUCCACACUAAUAUUAUUGAUAAUAUUUUAUUUUACUGCUGGACAAACAUUAUUUUUAGAGCAUUACAAUUUACAAAUGGCAUUAAUAGAAUUAUCAUAAUGUUAUCUACGCAAUAAUGUAAAAAAACAGCCAGCGCAAUAUACAUUUUAUUUUAUGAGAUUAGCAAUGUUGAUGUGUUUAAAAAUCGAUUUUUGAUACAAAAAUAAUUAGAUUAAUUAAAACUAGGUGCCUAUUAUAUCUACCUAUAAUAUUUAAUACAUAUAAAAUAUAAUAUUUCAUAAUCAGUUUUCGUACCUAUAAUGUAUAAUAAGGUUAAGAGAUUAUCUUCUCGGAAUUUUAUUACUAUAAUAUACUCGUAAUGUACUACAGCUUUUUAUAAUAAGUUAUGUCUUUAUGAUGAUGAUGUUUUAUUAUAUCAUAAAAUUGUGUGAACGAAAUAACAAAUAAUAGGAAUUUUAACUAUCAGAUAAAAAUUAAUAAUUUUACAUGUAGAAUACAAUCUCUCGGGAAUAAAAUGAUCCCUACCUAUAUAAUAUAUUUAAAUUAUUUAACGGAUUACAUAUGAUAUAAUGAACCUUGACCGUAAUAAUAAUUAUUAAUAUUAGUACUUACCUAUAUUGUCCUAAAUAAAUAUUGAUAAAAACGAGCGUUUAAAUUAAACACUAAGUAGUCAAUAGUUAAUUAUUAGUAGUUAAUAGUGGUUAAUAGUUCAAUAGCUAUUACGUCUGUGCGCUACAGUUAACAUAUUCAUUUUUAUUUAUGCAGGAAAAUUAAAAUAAAUAAUUUAAAAUUGUACUGUAUUUUUUUUGAAAAUUUCAAAAUAGUCAUAUUGUAAAAUAGAUUUUUAGAAAAACUCUUGGUGGUUGAAACUUUUGUUUUGGUAUAUUCUUUUAUUUUCUACAUUUUGCAAAUAUUAAUUUUAUUAUGGUUUUUAAUCUAUUAUAAUAUUUAAUCAGUAGAGCACAUCAAAUUAAACUGUUUUUUUUUCCAUGAAUUAAUAUCAUUUUUUUUUAUCUGUGAAUAUUUAAUCUAUCAGAAAUUUUGUUCCGAUUUUCAAGUGUAGCACUUUUACCAAAAAAGAAUAAGACUGGGGUGUCAUUUCUGAUUUUCCCAGGAGUUUUUCUAAUAAAUAGAAAAACGGAAAAAUUUACAAAAUGUAUUAAUUUUCGAAUCGUAAAUAUUAAGGGCAUUCAAAACAUGUAUAACCGAACUCCGCCCAGAAUCAUAUUUUGUUAGCACUUGUUAAUCGUUUUGUACAGAUAUACAUUAAAUUCCCCCUCUACCUUCUCAACUUCUUACCUAAAACAUUGACCCAACCGUUGUGCGAAUUAUGUCCAUUUGUUUUAUUUUCGUUUGAUUAUUACUAUAGUUUUAUUUUCUUGGCGUUUUCUAGUUCUCUUUACCAGUAAUUAUACCUUUACAUUUUCUCACGACCCUACCAAUUCUUCAGCUGAGUCUUAUGAUUAUAGGUGUAUUAUUUAAGGGGUUUGAUAGUGGCUAGACAUAGAUAAUUUGGCCCCCUCUUGAAUAGAAUUGUAUACGAAUAAGUUAAAUUUCGCUAAUCUGUGUUUAUAUUCUGCUUUAAAUAAAAUACCUGAUUACAUUAUAUUUAUUCAAAAAUUAAAUUUAAAUACUGAAUCAAACUGAAUUGAAAACAUACGUAACAUUGACUUCGUCUAGAAACUUCUUUGUUAUUUACACCACUAUUAAGUAUUAUAAAAUUAUUAUUAGAAUAAAAAUUUAAUAUGAAUUAUGCAACUCAUCAAUAUCAUAUUAUCACAUCUGAUGCAUACAUUUUUGAAAACAAUAAACCUAUCGAAAAUCGGAGAAUAAUAUUUAUAACGCGUUAUAGGAAAAAAUAUUGUAGGUACCAAAACAACGCGUUUAAUUAGAAACUUACUGAUGUAAUUCAUGAGUAGGUUAAAUUUGAUUAAAAUAAUACAAUUCUAGAGAUUUGCAAGAUAAUUCAGAAUCUCCCCGGAGGGCUAUAAUAAUAAAUCAUAGGAUUUACAUUAAUUCCGGAAUCCUACAAUCCGGAAUAUUACGGUCCAUACUUUUGCGUUCCAGAUUAUUGUGAUCCCCGAAUUUACUUUCCUGAUUCUUACGUUCCAGAUUAUUGUGGUUCGGAAAAUUACUGUCCAAAAUAUUACGUUACGGACUUGAAAUAUUUCGAAUUUUUGCGUUCAGCAAAUCUAGAAUCUAGAAUCUUACGUUCCGGAUAAUUGCGUUCCGAGGUCUUACGUUCCGGAUUUUAAAUUCUGGGUUUUUAUCAAUCUGGAUAGUUACAUUCCGGAAAAUAAUAACCUCCUGUCUCUCCUGAAUCUGACUGCACUAAAAGAAAGCUAAACAAAUAAACAUUUCUCAAAAAGUUACAUUGGCGCAAUUUCCAAAAUGUUAUCGUUUUAGUUUUCUGAAAAUUAAUUAUAAUUAUCAUUAUAUACACUAAACGAUUGUUUGAAUUGCCUUGUUCGCUAUAUGAACAUGAAACGCUAAAACAAAAAUAGAAUAGAAAUACUCUAUUGCAAUUCUUUAUAGUUUUAUUUUUUGCUACAAAGCCAGCUCGAUUUUAAUAUUGUAUAUACGGUUGUUCUGGAAAAAAAGGGACAUAUUGGCGAAAGGAGGAAACGCUGUGGAUGCCGCUAUAGCAGUAAUGGUGUGUGACGGAGCCGUAUGUCCAGAAUACAUGGGAAUCGGUGGUGGAUUUUUAUUAAGCGUCUACAACGCUACAACCAAAAAAGUUGUGUCAAUCGAUGCCCGAGAAACGGCUCCAGCUGCGGCCGAUGAAACCAUGUAUUUGGAUGACCCCAAAGCUGGUGUGCACGGUACGUAUAUGAUAAUAAUCGUUUAAUUAUAUUUUAGUAAUUGCUGUCUUUAUACGAUUUGUUAACUAGAAAUCUUGUUCCAAUUAAAAAAAACGACAAUAAUAGAACUUUAUCGUAGUAUUUUUUAGAUUCUGAGUGGAGCGAAGAAUAUAUUGGUUUUACACAGGUGUUUUUUUUUAAUUUUUGUGUAAACUCUUUUUCUAUCAGAAAGCUUAUUCCGAUAUAUACGAUGAAGACCCUUUUCUGAAAAGAAAUUUUUUGGGGUGAUACUUUAAGAAGGUCAUUUUUCGCAUAUCUCAAGAAUUUUCUCAUCAAAUGUGAAAAACUGAAAAAAAUGGAGGAAAAGCGGGAAAAAGGGAAAAAAUACAACGAUUUUAUUUCUGUGGACAACUUUUCUACCAACAAUUUUGCUCCAAUUUACAAUAAUAGCACUUUUUCUGAAAGAAAAUGACUAAUAAGUUACUUUGAGGAAGUUUUUUUUGAUUUUCCCAAGACUUUUUCCAGCAAAUAUAAAAAACUGGGAAAAAAUAUGAGAAAACUGGGAAAACGUAAAAAAAACGAGAAAAUCUGUACAAUAUUAAACAAAUAUUAAUAAAGAAAAUAUAUAAUGCCUUUUUAUUAAUAAUUUUACCAUAAUAUGACAUAUAUAUUGUUGACAAAACAUCACUAUCAACUGAACUCAGUUCAGAAUCGUUUUUUUAUUAGUAAUGAUUUAUCGUAGCUUACAGAUAUAUAUUAAAUUCUUGUCUGUAUCCUGCCUUUCUAACUUUUCACCCACAACAGUGGUUGCAACCGUCUCCAUUAUCUUACCUUGUUUGUUAUGAUGUAAUUUUCGGAUUUUCUUGUUUUCUUUAUAAUAGGUAUCAAAAAACCGGGAAUUUACGCAAUAACGAUUUUCACUACAUUUUUUUUUUUUUCGUUUUUUUUUAAUUCAGUUAAAAUAUUCGUAGAAACCUAUGAUAUUAUAUUAGCUAUGUCUAGAUAUAGCACAAUUUUCAAAAAAAUCUCAAACAAUUUUUGAGGCAUUUAUUACUUUUUGAAUUGUUCUAAUGUUUUUUUAAUUUUUUACUUAGCAGAAAAGGUUCUUUUGUGGAUAUAACUUUUCUGGCUUUUCAAUAAUGAUUGAAAAUUUGAUACAAGGUAUAUUAUACUCUUUUUUUUUUUUUAUGUCUCACGAUUUUUUUCAAUGGCAUUUACAGUUCAAAUUUUGAUGAAUCUAAAAAAUCGCGGCAUUUCAAAACAUAUUUAACUGAACUUCUUUUUUUCGUUAGCAACAAUUUAAUAUUGCGCAUAAAUAUUAAUUAAAUUGCUCUACUAAAUCAGUUAUUUUAAACUGGUUGCCAUGAUCUUUUGAACGUGUUUUUUUUCAUAAUUGACCGAUCGCGUACGAACACAAAUGCGAUCAAGCAUGAUGAAUCUACAAUACUUAUGAAACGACAGUUUAUUAAAACGUAAAAUUAAAUAAUAACCUAAAAAAAAAACAUGGCUGAGACAUGAGCCGUGAAAAUUGUAAUGACGACUACACUAGUUAUGUUUAAAAAUGUUUGAAAACCACUUCUACACAUAUUAUAUCUUAAGUUCUCAACUCCCUACCUACAACAGUGGCACAUUCAUCAGCAAUACCAACUCUUAAUAUUAAACAUAUUAUUCAUAAUUUUUCAAUAAAAUAAUAAUAUUUAAGUGGUGCCAACAGUUUCAUAUUUAAAGGGUUUAACUAUCCAAAGAGUAGCAUCGAACUCGGGCGCCAUAUUUCAAGGGCACGUCAUAAUAUAAAACAUGGUAAAUUAAAAAUUGUUUUUAAAAAAAAUAUCAACUCUUUACACUCGCUUAGUGGAGCUUAAAAUAAUGUGUUUUAGAGCCCAGUGUACAGUACAAAAUAUAAAGCGUGUUGUAAAAAAACGUGUUCUUAUGAAAUGGCACUAAAAGUGUAAAUACGUCACUAGAGACCAAUAUUACGUUACUUUAUUUACUUACUUACCUAUAAUAUAAAUACAACGUAUACGUAUAAAUAUCGAAAUAAUAGUUUAAUUUAAAUAUUGUAUAUAGGUGGACUGGCUGUCGCAAUUCCAGGGGCACUCAAGGGUUACUCUGUUCUAUACGAAAAAUAUGGCGGCGGAGUUUCGUGGGAAUCGCUGUUUGAAGCGACUAUACAGUUGUGUUUGAAGGGUAUUACAAUCAGUGAACAUUUGGAGGUUAGAUUGAGGGACGUCCAACGGUUAAUAAAAAAAGACCCAAUGCUUAGGUAUAUAAUAUAAUAAUAUGAUAAAAGAUUGUUAAAUUACAAUUAUAUAACAUCUCAAGAACAAACUUUGCACGGGUCAUAACCAUCAGUUAUUAAAAUAUAAACGUUGCUAUUUUACAGAAAAACGUUUUUCGAUCGGAAAACCGGUCACGUGAAGAAAGUCGGAGAAACGUAUGUGUUACCAAAGUUAGCCCGAACGAUGAAAAUUAUUGCAAAAGAAGGCGCGAGCGCCCUAUAUAACGGAUCGUUGACUCCAAAAUUAUUGCACGAUUUAAAUAAAAUUAACGGAAUAAUAACGGCGGAAGAUUUAGCCAAUUACAAGUAAGCCGUUGUAUUUUAUUAUGAAUUACUCGAUAACCUUAAAACCAUAUUCUCUUGGCUGUUGACAAAUAAAAAUACUACCGGUGUAUUAUAAAUUAUAGUUAAUUUCACCGGUUUUUAUCUAAUAUAUAGAGUCGAAAUCGAAGAUGCAUUUGCCAUAAAACUAAAAAACGGAUACACCAUACACUCGGGGCCACCACCCGGUUCCGGUAUCAUACUAGCUUAUAUUCUUCGAGUAUUAGAAGGCUUGUGGCCGGCACCCAGUCCCGGUUUGGACGCGCAUCGAUUGGUAGAGGCUUUCAAAUACGGAUACGCCGAACGAACGCAUUUGGGUGACCAUAAAUUCGUAAACGUAUCUCAAGUAAAUAACGUACUCCAUCACGAAAAACGUGCUGAUGCAUGUUGUAUUGACGCCAGUUUUAUGUCUUUAGAUUUUCGAAAAAGUCAACUCUGACAGUUACAUAGACGGUAUUCGGAGUCAAAUAAUGGAUAAUUUCACGUCAUUGGAUCCCAAAUACUACGGUGCCGAUUUCGAUAUGUUAGAAGACCACGGCACCGCAAACUUAGUGGUGGUAGAUUCGAUGGGAAACGCGGUCGUAGGUACCAACACGAUUAACACACUGUAAGUUAAUAUAAAUAUUAUCGUCUAUAUCGAAAUCGAUAAAUAUUUUGGGUAACAGAAGUCAGAAUAGGGAAACCCAAACAGCGAUUGUCACAUGUACCGAACUAUUUAGAAUGAUACGGUAAUGAAAUUGGUUUACUUGUGUAGUUUUGGUUGCGGUAUAAUGUCUCCCAGUACCGGUAUAAUUUUAAACAACGAAAUGGACGAUUUUUCCACACCGGGAGUGAUCAAUUCUUUCGGCAUUCCGUCGUCACCAGCCAACUUCAUAGAACCAGGCAAACGUCCAAUGUCUUCGAUGUGCCCAACCAUAUUCACAGACAAAAAAGGUGACUUUGUUCUCGGCGUGGGAGCAGCUGGUGGAUCGAAAAUCACUCUGGCUACAGCCUACGUAAGAUCUCUCGAAGACUUUAAUAUAAAAAGAAUUACCUGCGAUUAUUUUACUAAACUCCAGUAAAUACCGAUAGAGAAUGUGUAUACAGUUUAAAAACGUAAAUAUCGUCUAAACACUUUUGAUUUACAUAUAAAAACUUAUUUUAAAAUUUCUUUUAAACGUUUACAGGGUGACUCUCUUAUUGGCGAACACACAUUAUUUCGCAAAGUACCUAUAGAAUUUUUCACAAAAAAAAGUUUUGACAAUUAGGGAAAUAAGUAGAUCUAAAAUAUUACAUCACGAUUAUUAUUUUGUUACCUUUAUUUCUGUAGGUGAAAAGUCUACCAUCUUUUAACUUUUAAAUCGUACCCUAUAUUAAAAGUUCCACAUAUAGAUAUAUUAGAGCUCUAUUCAAACAUCGUGCGCCUUGCCACCACACAAAUGAUACUCGGCUACUUUCCCCCACCUAAACUUACAAAUGGAAUAACUCGUGAACUCAUUAAUGGAAGUCAAAAAUGCUAACACCGACAUUUAUUUAAACUAACACUCUAUCUGAACUUUUAAUAUGGAUUAUCAUUUUAAAAUUAAAAAUUGGUAGUCUUACCCCAACAAAAAAAGAGUGACAAAUAAUAAUGGUGAUGUAAUAUUUUAGAUCUGAAAUUUUCAAAACAAUUUUGUUUAAAAAAUAAUUCUAAACUUUGCAAAUAAUGAGUAUUCAACUAUAAAAAAAAUCAACCUAUAUAUUAAAAUGUAAACCUGCUCGAUUUUAUUAUCGCUUUUCUGUUAGCCAUAUAUAAAUUACCAACAAAUGUCAUAGUUCACACAUAACUAUUUAUAAAUAAAAUUUGUCCAAAUACUUGUCCUCCUUCGAACUUCUCAUCUAUCACAGUGGCCUAUACUCAUAGUGAAAUAUGUCCGGAUUUUCUAUAAUAUAUUUUAAUUGUAUAGGUCACGGCCCUCAAGUUGUGGCAAAAUAAAACACUAAAAGAAGCGUUAGACAAACCUAGAAUUUAUCACCAGCUUUUACCCAUGGAAGUCCAUUAUGAAUACGGAACAACCAAAGUCAGUACAAAAUCGAUUUAGAUUUCUAUAACAAUAUGAUAAUAUUAUGUUUUCCUAUUUUUAGGACGUAGUCCAAAAACUCAAAGACAUCGGUCAUCCAGUAGUAAGAUUGAAAAACGCCGGUGUUUCUGGUGCAUCGGCGAUUGCGAAAUCUUCGUCAGGAAUAAUCGAGACUAUGCCCGAUUUCCGACGACCCGGCAAUUCAUCCGGAUAUUGACAAAUAAUUAAUUUUAAUGACUUUUUAUAACGUACGUUUUAAGUUCCUAGAAAAAUUAUAAUCUCGAAUCACAACGCAUCUUGUGAGUGAUCGGGAAUAAUAUUUAUUAAUAUAUUAUAAUAAUAAUAAUUUUAGGCACUAUAAUUGAAAUAAAGAUUAUAAUCGAAUAAUAUAACGAA